UUACGAUAUAAUCGUGCUAUUUUAGUAUUAGUAUCGCCCAUGGGUAAAAGCGAGUGUCAUGGCGCACAACAGGGUUAUUCAAUGGGCAACACUGGCAAGGACUUGGUGGAUUUAUGAUGCUAACCAGCAGUGUCCAUUCAAGUCUGCUUAUAGGAUCAUUCCAUACCUACAAGGCUUGAAUAAACCUGUUUAUUUUAGAAAUGGUGAUGUUGGUGAUCAUGUCGUGGUUUACAACACAAAGGACAUUGCUAUGAGAAGCCGCUAUUGGAGGACAUUUAAAUACUUCCAUCAUACCAGAUAUGCUGGUGGUUUCUCUAGAGCCUCCGCCUGGCGAGUCCAUGAGUUGGAUCCCACUAGGGUGAUGGAGAAGGCUGUGUACAGUCGUCUAAGUGGCCUGUCCACCAGAAAAAAGAUGAUGGCCAGAUUACAUUUAUUUCCUGACGCAGAAAUACCUGAAGAUAUUCUUGGAAAUAUAACAGGCCAGAUCAGUCAAGUUCAAGUUGUCCCUAAGAAACUGACAGACUACACACAAGAAGAAAUUGACAACUUCCCAAGAUUGUUUGAGUUCCCUAAAGACCAUGAUAUUGAGGGGUACAGUCGAGCCAACAGACAAGAACCAGAUCAGCACACCAGCAAGAAGUGGAGGCUGUAGUUGUGAUACGUGUGACGUACUUGUACAUGUGUGUGACAUAGUUGUACGUGUGUGUGAUGUAGUUGUAUGUGGCUUAGUUGUACAUGUGUGUGUGACAUAGUUGUACGUGUGCGUGACGUAGUUGUACUAUGUGUGUAUGUGUGUAGUGACUGAUUUAAUUUGGAACGCCUGAUGUGUUGUGUCUGGUGGCUGUUGAUGUAUUAAUACCUGUGUAGAGCUGUUUAGGACAUUAUUUGUGUGAUGUGAUAAUCAGUUAUUAAAUUUUAUAUUUAAACAAUA